UAUAUUGUAAUAUUGCGAAACUAUGUAUAUAUAAUAGCUUCUAUAAUUUCAGUUAAUAAAUACCUUUAUAACUAUUAAAAUAAACUGUAUAAGUUGGCCGCUUAUUUGUUGUAUUAUAUUAUUAUAUUGGAGUUUUGCCAGUGUAAUUACUAUGUAAGUCAUAACGACGAUAUCAAUGGGUUUCUACAUGCGGUUUGAAAUUGCAUGAUACAAACAUGCAAAAUUCCAUAAUAUAUCUGGAACGACAGUGUGUCGUUUCGCAGAAACUUUUCGGAUAUGUGUACAAACACAAUUUAAAGAAGAAACACGGUGUUUUGAACUUCAUUUCUAGAAAUAUUAGUUUUAAUAACCAAUCGAAUAGGUUAUGUUUCCCAUUAUUAUGUCGUCCACAUGGGAUAAAACACAAGUGUUUAACUGGAACGAAAUUAUCACUCUCGAAGCAUGAGCUUUGCAGAAUUUAUCUUUCAAAAUUGUGCAAUGCGAGAGGUUUUAGCACAACCUCAAGUAAUCGUCAACAUACUUCUGACCAGCCCAGAGAUUCUGAUAAGAAUCCUAAAAAACCUGAGUUUGAAAUACUGAUGUUUAAAUUAGGAUUAUUGUUGACAACAAUCAUUUUCUAUUAUUAUUUUCUAACUGUCAGAGAACAAUUAGAAAAUGUGGAGUGGAAUGAUUUUGUAAACGAACUGCUUUUAAAAGGACAAGUUAAAGAAAUUAAGAUUUAUCCAGGUGAAGUGAAAGCUACAUUGAGAAGGGGCGCUACAUAUAAAGGAAUGCACGUAUUUGGGGACAUAACUAUUGUUCAUAUGUCUAACAUCAAAAAUGUUGAAGAAAACGUUAGGACGAUAGAAAAACAUAUUGGCAUUAGGCUAGAGGAUGGAAUUUCGAUUAGAUAUAUGAAUGUGAAUAAUCAAAUGGCUCUAACAGAAUUGUUCAUCGUGUUACUAUGUAUUGCGUUCUUUGUUGCACUUUUGCGUAAUCCAAAGUUCAAAAAUACAUUCAACUUUUCUUUUAUGAAUAAGGCAAAAUAUACAUUAGUGGAACCUUUUUCUGGUAAAGGUGUCCGUUUUAAAGAUGUUGCUGGUUUAAAAGAAGCUAAAAUAGAAGUUAUGGAAUUUGUUGAUUAUCUUAAAAAUCCUGAAAGAUAUACAAAGCUUGGUGCUAAAGUACCAAAAGGAGCUUUACUCUUAGGACCGCCUGGUUGUGGUAAAACACUCUUAGCUAAAGCUGUUGCAACUGAGUCCAAUGUUCCAUUUCUAUCGAUGAAUGGAUCUGAAUUCACUGAAGUAGUAGGUGGAUUAGGUGCUGCACGUGUAAGGGAUUUAUUUGCAGAGGCUAAAAAGAAAGCGCCUAGCAUUAUUUAUAUAGAUGAAAUUGAUGCAAUAGGCAAGAAACGAGCAGACUCGUAUGUUGAAUUCAGCAACAGUGAAUCUGAGAGAACAUUGAAUCAACUUUUAGUAGAAAUGGAUGGAAUGAUAGAGGCAAAGGAUAUUAUUAUUUUAGCCUCAACAAAUAGAGCGGAUGUUCUAGAUAAAGCUUUAUUGAGAUGUGGUAGAUUCGAUAGACAUAUUUUGAUUGAUUUUCCUACUUUAGAAGAAAGAAAAGACAUUUUUGAAUAUCAUCUUCAGUCAUUAUCAUUGGAAGGCAUCCCGAAACAAUAUGGAAAAUAUUUAGCUCAUCUUACUCCAGGUUUUAGUGGAGCAGAAAUAGCAAAUGUUUGUAAUGAGGCUGCAUUACAUGCAGCAAGUGAGAAAAAGAUUAAAAUCGAUAACAAUGAUCUCAUGUACGCAGUCGAUAAAGUAUUAGGUGGUACAGUAAAAAAAUCUAGUACAUUAACACUUUCCGAGAAAGAAGUUAUUGUUUAUCAUGAAGCUGGUCACGCAGUAGCAGCAUGGAUGUUGGAACAUGCAAAUCCUUUAAUUAAAAUAACAGUAGUGCCAAGAACAAAUAAACGUUUAGGUUUUUCUCAGUAUUCUGAUUCAAACCUAAAACUUUUAAAUUCGAAACAUAUUUUUGAACGUAUGUGUGUACUAUUAGCUGGUAGAGUUGCAGAAAAUAUAAUGUUUAACAAAAUUUCAACUGGUGCGCAAAAUGACUUACAAAAGGUAACUGAAAUGGCAUAUCUCCAAGUUCAACAAUUUGGAAUGAGUCCUUCUGUGGGUUUAAUUUCUUUUGAUAAAGAACUAACAAGUACGAAAACUAAAAAACCAUAUAGCAAGAAACUAGGAAAUUUAAUGGAUGCAGAAGUGCGAAGGAUAAUUGUUGAAGCAUAUAAAACAACUGAAAAGUUAUUACAAGAUAAUAAAGAUAAAUUGAUAACUUUGGCUGAAGCACUUCUAAAAAAAGAAACCUUGACAUAUAAGGAAAUAGAAGUAUUAAUCGGACCUCCUCCUUUUGGGAAGAAAGAUAUUGUAGAAUUGCAAGAAUAUAAUUCAGGUAUAGAAUAAAUAAACAUAUAAUGAUAAUAUAAAUAUAGCACAUUUUGCAAAAUAUCUGUAUAGUACUAAUGACAGUAAAACAAAGUACUUUUAUUGUAAAUUUUAUUAUAUCAAUUUCUGUAAUAACAAUUCAUUUGUGUAACAUAAUGUAAUAUUUAACUUUAUAAAGAAUAAAAUAAUAAAAAAGAAACAUGGAAAAUUUA